AUGCGAUGGCCGCGAACAAGUCCACACGCCUCGCCAGCUCGUCUGGCGAAAAGUAGCGGGGGUUCAGAAUGGUUUGGUGCGUCGCGGUGUUGGCAGUGGCAGUUCGAUUUCGUCGACCGCGGCUCGCCCGUGUUGGUGCGUCGGUGGUUUGAUUGCCACCCGUUCGAUCAGCGUCUGACGGUCGCUGAUCCGCCUGCGGUAUUCGCAUGGUCGAGCGGCCCACCUCGUUUGCUCUUCUCCCUUCUGCCUCUCUCACCCUGCCUUCUCCCUCCGAUUCCUCCAUCCUGCCUCCGCGACCCCCCUGCUCCCCCGAUGGUGAUUGCCGGAGCUCCUGAGUCGUCGCCAGAGCUCGUUGCCGCCUGGUCGGCUGUCGUCGCCAAGCCUCCGUCGGGGCCCGAAAAGGUGACCAUGGCAACGAAGCCCCCUCUACCGCCGGCUCCGAAGCCCGUGACAACAGUCGCUGGAAAGACUCCUCCCCUCGUACCCGCGGAUCCCGUGAGCGGGACUGGCCCGGCUGCCCCUGUUGCUGCUCCGCCCGCUCCGGCUGAUGCUCCUGUCCCCCUCGCUCCCUUGGUUGCGUCGGCGACGUCUGCUCCUGCUGGGGAGGUUGCUGAUCCCCCUGCUCCUGCCUCUGGCGCACCCGUUGCGUUGGCCGCUUCUGUCCCCGACGUGCCUGCGCCGGUGUCUGCGUCGUCCCUGCAGGCGGCGUCCGCCACCACUAGCGGCCCAGCCUCGAUGGUUGAGGCUCCGGUCGUGGACCCACCUGCUCCUGCCGCGCUGCCGGCGGCGCCGGUAGCGCAGCCGUCUCGUCCCCCGUCGCCAGACCGCCGCCUAUCUCGCCCCCAUUCUCCCGCGCCCCAGCAAGAGCGCGAGUCGUUGCGGCGCCGGCGCAACUCUCCCCGGCACUACCAGCGGCAGGCCCAAUGGCCUGCUCACCCCGGUGGCAAUGCGGGCUGGAGGGGUCCCCGCGGGCGUGGUGGUGGCGGGGGAUACCGUCCGCCUGUGACAAUGGCGGAUCUUCAGCGGGAGGUGUCGAGGGCCGUGCGCGAGGAGAGGGCGGCGCAGAGCCAGAGCAGUUCACUGCGGGCCGCGCCAGCGCACGUGGCUCCUCGCCGAGCUGUGCCUCCCGUGGUCCCUCCACCGGCUGCUGUACUUCCUCCUUUUGUCCUUGCCCCAUCGGCUCAUGCUCCUGCUGCCCCGACUGCUGAUCCUGGGUCUCGUCUUCGCCUGCCGCCCGUGCAGCCGGUGGCGGGUGUCGAGUUCGUUCCUGCUGGUGGAGGGGCGGCGGGGGCGCAGUACCCUCCAUAUCUUGCUCCCGAUGAGCCGCUUCCAUUCUUGGCGGUGGCACUUCAGCCACCGCAGACCCGUGUUCCUGAGGCGACACUCGGCCAGCUGCACCGUCUUGCAGAGAGCCUUCACGCGCUGCUGCUGAUCCAGGUGCUGGCUCACUCUUCUCUCCCUGCGAUCCCUGCUGAUUCGUUUCAUGACCGGCCACGCGAGACUUGCCUGGACGCGGCGGACCAGCUCGCGCAGCUGCUGGCGCCCGCGUUGGCUGCGCCCGUAGAGGGUGGCGCUGCUGCUGCGGGACAGCUUGACGAGGCUGUCCGGGGCUUGAGGCGGCACUUGCGCGCAGGAUCUGGAGCCGCGGCGAUCGGCGCAAGCAUGCUUGUGGUCCGGGAGCUGUGGCGCUCCCUGACGGGCGUUCUUCACGCCCUUGGAGCUCACCGCAUGUAG